GUUUGAGUCACCGACCAAAUAUCGAUUUUUUAUCGUCGGUUAUUGUAUACGAGUCGGCAAAUCCUCAGACGUAUAUGCCCUAUGUACAGAACAUUCGGACGUUUAUUUACCUCUAUGAAGAAGUGAAUAUCAGAUCCCAGGAUGGAUUCGCGAAUUGUGAAAAUGGUAUCAAGUCGCCAAAUGAACCGGACUUGGUUUGUAAAUUUUACCCAAUUGUGCUCGAGUCAUGUGUAAAGGAGAACAAUUAUGGAUAUGACAGAAGUGAACCGUGCAUUAUACUAAAGAUUAAUAAAAUUUAUGGAUGGUUGCCUGACAUACAAAAUAAAACACUGAGCAACAGUCCAUUAGUACGAUGUUUCGGAAGGUAUGCAGCUGACUUCGAGGCGUUCGGUAAUUUGCACUAUUACCCCAAUAUAACAGUCGACGGACUAUCCAUGCACUCCAAUUUGAUUAACAUUAAAACAUUACUAUUAUUAUCGGUGUUAUGUUUUAGUGGGAUAUUCGAUAGCGUCUACUUCCCAUACAUUAUACAAUACGCUUAUCGGUCUCCACUUGUGGCUGUUCAGAUUAAAAAUGCGCGUCGGAACAGUCUGUUCUUCGUGUCAUGCCGCUUAUUUAAUCUUAUCACUCCCACAGAACCCCUUAACUUUGAAUUCCUCAUCGACUAA